AGACUGCGCUAAAUACACUUUGAGAGGGUGACCACAACCGAAACCCCGAUAGACAGAUAAAAGCUCCACCGACCUCUGCAUCAGAGUUCAGAAUUUUUGAGGGUUUUGAUACGAGAUGGUGAACGCCACUAAAGGAUUGUUCGUCUCUUGCGACAUACCUAUGGCGCAAUUCAUCAUCAAUUACAACAAUACACUGCCCCCUUCACAGCAAUUCAUAAUACAUGUCUUGGAUAGUACUCACCUGUUUGUGCAGCCCCAUGCAGCUGAAAUGAUAAGAAGCGCCAUUUCCGAAUUUAGAGAUCAGAAUUCUUAUGAGAAGCCUACUUGAAUCCUUUUAGAGACCAAAAUGGUCACAUUGUAUUUGUAUCUUGGUUUUUUUGUGUCCAUGUAUCAAAUCUCCCUUCCAGCUCUUUGUCAACUGUAGCUCUUAUUUGAACACAUUGAAGUGAGCCACAGAGCUUUUUGAAAAAAAUUGGUUGACGUUCUAAACUGGUUGUGCAAGGAUAAUGGGUUCUUUUCCUUUGCUUGCUUGUGUGAAUCUAUUGAGAUUGGAUGAUUUAAUUCUAAA